CUAAGACUUAAUUCAGUGCUGAUUGUGUUUCAAGAAAGAAUUCAUUUAAAUAUUCAAAAAUGAAAGUUGCUGUUGUACUUUUGACAUUUGUUGUCUGCGCAUUGGCCAUUCCACACCAUAAUCAUAACCACGAUGAUCCAGAAAGAAAGGAGAAAUUCAAAAAAAUCCACGAGUACAGCAAACAGUGUAUUGAGGAAACUGGAACUACAGAUGAAGUUUCAAAAAAACUCAUUAAUGGAGACUUCAGCGUUCGUGAUGAAAAGGCUCAAUGCUACGUAAAAUGCUUCUUCAAGAAAGUUGGCAUCAUGAACGAAGCUGGUGAACCACAAUCAGAUGUCAUCUUAGAAAAGCUUAAGAAGAAGAAGGUCGACACAGAAGAUGUUGAAGGACUCGUUAAGGAAUGUAUAGGCAAAAAGGGUGAAAAUGAAUGCGAAACUGCUUUCAACAUCUACGAGUGCUACAGAGGACAUUACACAUAUAAUCAUGAACAUCAUGAAUGCAAGAAGGACGAAGUAAUGGGCGAAAUGAUUGAAGAAGUAAAAGAAGAUGUAAAGGAAGAUUUGAAGGAAGAUGAGAAAAAACCAGAAUAAGAAUUUAUUAAGUUUAACUCAUUUUUGUAGAGUUUGAUGAAUAAAGAUGCAAAAUUAAUUAUUUGAAAGAA